GCGGUCGGCCGGGGCGGGAGGAGAGGGUCGGGCCGCUGGAGAGGCUGCAUGCCGGAGGCGUGGUGUGGAGCCCAGGCCCCUUAAGCCCGGGGCGCGGGAAGGAGCGUCCCGCAGAACUACUGCUCCCAGACAAGUCCGCACCCCACAUCUCCGCCCAGCUGCGCACUCAGUUGCCGAGAACUACAACUCCCGGCAUGCCGCGAACUCGAAGACUGAGGCGCUGAGGCGGGGUCCUGCCGUCUGCCGGCCAGCGCUGCUCUCUUCACCGGUUCCCGCCGCUCUCCCGGCCGCGCGCGGAGCAGGUACACGAGCCAUGGAGGACAAGCCGUCUCCGCUGCUGGGCGGCAACAAGCCGCACCUGGAGAAGCUGACUCUCGGAAUCACUCGCAUCCUAGAAUCUUCCCCAGGAGUAACUGAGGUGACCAUCAUAGAAAAAGCACCUGCUGAACGUCAUAUGAUUUCUUCAUGGGAACAAAAAAAUAACUGUGUGCUGCCUGAGGAUGUGAAGAAUUUUUACCUGAUGACCAAUGGCUUCCAUAUGACAUGGAGUGUGAAGCUGGAUGAACACACCAUUCCAUUGGGCAGCAUGGCAAUUAACAGCAUCUCAAAACUGACUCAACUCAACCAGUCUUCCAUGUAUUCACUUCCUAAUGCACCAACUCUUGCAGACCUGGAGGACGAUUCAAAUGAAGCCAGUGAGGACCAACCAGAGAAACCCCACUUUGACUCUCGCAGUGUGAUAUUCGAACUGGAUUCUUGCAAUGGGAAUGGGAAGGUUUGCCUUGUCUACAAAAGUGGGAAACCAGCAUUAGCACAAGACACUGAAAUCUGGUUCCUGGACAGAGCUUUAUACUGGCAUUUUCUCACAGAUACGUUUACUGCUUAUUAUCGCCUGCUUAUCACCCACCUGGGCCUGCCCCAGUGGCAGUAUGCUUUCACCAGCUAUGGCAUGAGCCCCCAGGCCAAGCAAUGGUUCAACAUGUAUAAACCCAUCACCUAUAACACAAACCUUCUCACAGAAGAGACUGACUCCUUUGUGAACAAGUUGGAUCCCAGCAAAGUGUUCAAGAGCAAGAACAAGACCUUAAUCCCCAAAAAGAAAGGGCCCGUGCAGCCUGCAGGUACUCAGAAAGGUUCCUCAGGUCCGUCUACCUCUAAAUCCUCCUCUGGCUCUGGAAACUCUGUCCGGAAAUGAGCACCCCCCACCCCAUACCUAUCUCAAGCCCCUCAGCAAUGAUCUCCAUGCACGGAUGACCCCAGGGCUGGCCUAAGCCUCUGAUUCUUUGUUGAACCGUGCACUUCCCUUCUGAGUGGACAAGAUCCUAGACCUUUUACUCCCAGUGGCCUUAGACAGGAGUUGGAAGGGCAUACUGAGGUCUCUGCAAGAGUCCUUCCCUUGCACCCCUCAUAAUGGAUUAAGUCAUCCCCUACUGCCAGAAGCGGUGGAGAAUUUCUCAUCUUGUUUCAGUGGUCAAAUAGAUCUGUUAACAGAUCCAUAAUCUUCUCCCAAUCACUCAAUAUGAGGCUUUAGAACUGCGCUUUUCAGUCAGUAGCCACUAGCCACAUGUGGCUUUGUAAAGUAAAAUUAAAUUAAAAAUUCAGUUCCUCAGUUGCACUAGUCCCAUUUCAAGUGUUCAUGUGGCUAGUGGCUUCUGUAUGGGAUAGCACAGUGAUAUGGAGUAUUUCCAUCAUCAGAGAAAGUUCUCUGUACAUUGCUGCAUUAGAACAUUUUGCACUGUUCCUCCUCAGAUGAGUUAAUAUUUUGUUGUUAGAUAAUGUUGAUGCUUUAAUUUAAUGUAUCAAAAUGUUCUGGGGAAACUCUUGAAGAUACAAGUGUAUGCUCUUUAUAUCCUUCUGCACAAACAAGUCUCACUUUGGUCAUUUCUUCAUCAGCUUUCUAUAAAGUUUCUUGCUUGCAGUUUUCUGUUUGCUAUUUGCACAUUUGCCAAAAUUAUUUAUUUUUUUCCCCAAGAGAAGGUGAUUAUGCUGCACUUUAUUCUAGCUGUUAAACAAAUGAGCAAACAACCAACCUCCCAAACAUUGCUUUGUAGGACUCUCCAUAAAGAGUUUUGAUGAAAUCAGUCACCGUUGAUAGAAGCUUUCCAUCUGCUCUGCCUACUCUCAGCUCUAAGUCAUCUAGACCCCAGUCUGGUCCCUGGCCCAUCCUGUUUAGAACAUGGUGGGGUUCCAAGAGUUCCUUUGUUAAAAAGUUGUCUAUAAUUCAGAAAUCAUUUUCACAUAGACAGGUUGGGUACUAGACUCUAUCCACCCACAUUGCCUAAUAAUUGACACAAGAUAAAUCUGAACCUACCUACUACAACUGAUAGAAUUUCUAUAGAGAAUGUUGCUCAGGUUUUCAAAUAGGAAUGUCUGAGUCCAUUUCCUAAUUCUGAGCCCUGGCAGCAGAAAUAAGGCCCUGAUUUUACUUCCCAUUAGGGAAAGUAGGGAGUCACUCAGCUCCAAAGAUCCUUGAGUGGCUGCAGUUUUUGUAUGAAAGUCCCAGAGACUGGAGAAUGAAGAGUUCUGAGGACUGAGGGGAAGGGACCUGUACUGCUUGCACACUUCAAUCCCAACCAGCUCUGUCUUUCCCUUCCCUGACUCCUCUCCACCCCUACGAUUGGCCAGGCUUCCUUUUUUGCACUGACUCCCCCUACCAGUCCCCAGAGAUUUCUCUUUUCCGUGACCCCCGUGGAAGUCAAAGCAAUCCCUGGAAUUACCCACCUACACAUCUCUGAAACCAUUUUUGAGUAUUUUCAAUUUUGGGUUUUGCUAUCACGAUAGAUGGUCAGUGAAAAUGAGACUUCAGUCUUCCCUCCAUUACCACUUUCUACAGCUCUUAAGUGCCACCAGAUUCAAGAGGUGGCCUUUGAGAACCCAGGACUCUGAAGUGAGGCUGCACUAAUGUGCCUGCCCGUGUUUUAUCCACAGAGCAAGACAGAGGUGGGAGGGGCAAACAGGCUGGCUGCUUGCCCAUUUUUUUUGUUUUUUAAAAGCCUUGAAAUAUUAAUGUCCUUCAGUCUUUGGGAGCAUAAACUGAGCUUCAUGUUAAUAGCUUAUUCAGUUGCUUUAAAAUAUGCGUGUGUACCAACCAUUCCAAUUAGUUUCUAAUGAGGAAUGUUUAAAAUGGCAACACCUCUUAUUUGGCAAUCCUAACACUAAAUAUUUACAAUUCAGCCUGGUCAUUUAAACUUUUUUUUUUUUUUUUAAAUCAUCAUAUGACUAUGUAAAAUCUUCCCUUUAGGAGAUAUUUUGGUUCUUUCAUUUUAAUUGCUUAGGCUCUUAAGCUUUGCACAUUUAAAACUUCAGCAAUUCAAGUAAUAAUGCUAAUAAAGGCAAAAUAUCAGAACCUUGGGCCAUCAAAUCUUAAAUUUUUAUCAUCUGAAUUAGUCAUUUAUAUAUUCCAGUGGGUCUCAGCCCUUGCUGUAUAUUAGAAUCACUUGAGACAUCCAGGCCCCACCCAAAACCGAUGAGAAUAGAUGCCUGACAGUCAGGCAUCGGUAUUUUUUAAAGGUCCCUUGGUAUGCAACCCAAGUUGAGAACCAUUGACUUACAGAGAUGAGACUCUGACAAAGCAGCAAGGGCCUCAGAAUUAAAUCCUUUGCAACAAAGUGGCAACAACACAAACCACAAUGUUGGAUGCUCAGUAGAUUGCUCGUAAGAACAUUUCCUGGGAGGGUUUUGAGUGUUUGCCUUGAGUUUGGUUCUUCAUCCUUGUCAACGAUUCUGUGAGCCACCCAAUCCAUAGUUAAAUAGGAAAUUGUUUUUUAUUUAUGUUUUUAUUUAAUCCUAAAAUUUUAUUUUGAAAUUUUUCACAUCUGUAGACAUACUGGAAAACAUAGUACCACAAAUACACGUGUUCACUUUACCUAUAUUUACCAAUUGUUUAAUGCAAUUUUUGCCACAUUCACAGUUCUCUGUAUUUAUCUAUUCACACACAAACAACACACACAAACAAGCAUAUUUUUUUGUUUGAAUCAUUUGAAAAUUAAGUUGCAGAUUUCAUGCUCUUUAACCUAAAUGUUUCAGCACACAUCCCCUCUCACCACAAUGUCAUUAUAUCGCAUCUAAGACAAUUAACAAUUGCAUCACAUAACAUAAUAUGUAGUCCAUAUUUAAAUUUCCCCAGUUGUCCCCAAGAGUAUAUUUAUAACCUUUUUUUUUUUCUCCUUUUGAUUCUGGCUCUAAUCAAGCUUCAUACAUUGCAUUGCAUUUGGUUAUAGCUCUUAAUCUGUAACAUUCUCCCCUUCUGGGCUCCUAUUGUGUUUGUUAAGACACUAUUUUGUAAAGUUCAGACUGGUCUUGUAAAAUGACACAUAUUCAGAAUGUGUUUGAUUGUUUGCCAUAUUCUUUUUUUUUUUUU